AGGGAGGGGAUCAACAUGGCUGCUGCACCCCGGACUGUGCUGAUCUCGGGUUGCUCAUCAGGAAUUGGCUUGGAGCUUGCAGUGCAGCUAGCUCAUGAUUCCAGGCAGCGCUACCAGGUGAUAGCUACCAUGAGGGACCUGGGAAAGAAGGAGACACUGGAGGCAGCCGCGAGGGAGGCUCUGGGGCAGACGCUCACUGUGGCCCAAUUGGACGUGUGCAGUGAUGAGUCAGUGGCCCAGUGUCUCAGCUGCAUCCCAGGAGGAGAAGUGGACGUGCUGGUGAAUAACGCUGGAAUGGGCAUAGUGGGGCCCCUGGAGGGGCUCAGCAUAGCUGCCAUGCAGAACGUCUUUGAUACCAACUUUUUUGGGGCUGUCCGCCUGGUCAAAGCUGUGCUUCCAGGCAUGAAGAGGAGGCGGCAGGGCCACAUCGUUGUGGUCAGCAGUGUCAUGGGACUGCAAGGUGUCAUGUUCAAUGAUGUCUAUGCAGCCUCUAAGUUCGCCCUGGAGGGAUUCUUCGAAAGUCUGGCUAUCCAGCUACUGCAAUUCAACAUCUUCAUCUCCCUGGUGGAGCCAGGCCCAGUGGCCACUGAGUUUGAGGGGAAACUCCUGGCACAGGUUUCCACAGCUGAAUUCCCAGGCACUGACCCUGAGACUCUGCACUACUUCCAAGACUUCUAUCUGCCAGCCUCGAGGGAGCUCUUUCACUCUGUGGGACAGAGACCACAGGAUGUGGCCCAGGCCAUCGUCCAGAUCAUCAGCAUGGCCCGGCCACCCCUGCGUCAACAGACCAACUCCUGCUACUCCCCACUAACACUGCUCAAGGCUGUGGACCCCUCUGGCCACCUGUACGUGCGAACCACACACAGCCUCCUCUUCCGCUGGCCACGCCUCCUCAGCCUUGGCCUUAGUUGCCUAGGCUGCCUCCCAACCCGGGUGUGGCCUCGAUGAGCAAAACAGAGCCCCACCCUUCCCACUUGUGAACAACCAGGCCACUGAGAUCCACAUCCAACUCA